UACAAAUGGUGUUUUCCGCGCAGAAUUUGAAUUGACUGAAAAAUCACACACUGACAGUUUAAAGUUUCGUCUUUCCUAAAGGCACUCCAGAAUGAGGCAGUGUAGUUCAGGACAUUCCCUGAAACUUCGAUUGAACAAGAGACUGAAACAGCUGAAAUCAAAAUGUAGCCGAGUACAGCUAGAUUUGAUACGGCUUGAGCGUUCAAAUCAAUCUAGUCGUGUGGAUAAUGGGAAGGAUCUUGCUGUUCGUUUUCAGAACGAUUCAGAAGAAGAGAACGAAUGUUUUGGACAGGUUGAUCAGACAAAUUUUAUUAAGCAGAAAAGUAAUACAAACGUGUCAAAUGAAUGUUUAGAUUUUGUUGAUAUAGGAGGUUUUGGAAAAAAUAGUCGACUUAGUAGACGAGAUGCUCGAGACAAUACAGUAUUGCAAUAUGGAAGACCAGCUGGUGCAUCUGAAGACGAUACAAUAUCACAGUCUGGAACACAACACUCUAUGUCCGAAGAUGAACAGACUACAUCUGAUAUACAAGACAAUGUUUAUGGAGAAGAACAAAUUAGAAAUAACAGUAAGAAGUCGGUUGGCACAACAGAUUGUUUUACUACUUCAAUGUCACAGAAGAAAGCGAAAAGGAGAUAUAAGUGUGAAAUCUGCAAAAGAACAUGUUCAUCAUUUGGAAACUUGAAAAGACAUAUGUACAUUCACACUGAGGAUAAACCGUUUUCGUGUGCUAUAUGUCGGAAAGGUUUUAUACGUAGAGAGCGUUUGAAAGAGCAUAUGAAUUCAUUUCAUGAAAGCCAAAAGCCUUAUUCUUGUGACAUUUGUAACAAAGCCUUUUCUUUGAAGCAAAAUUUGAAAGCACAUAUGAAUUAUCACUUACCAAUGCCGCGAUAUACCUGUUGUUUAUGUAAUAAAGACUUCAAAUAUAGAGGCGACUUAGGUAAACACAUGAAAAGAGUACAUAAUGAACCUGUUGAGGUCGAUAAAAACUUUCAAAUAUUGGAUCAGGAUGACAGGAUAACACAGAAACCAUCAAAACACGGAUCAGCUGCAGAAUAUGACCAGAUUAAAGUUGGAACGACAUUUAGUGCAGAUAAAAAAACAGAAAUCGAACACAGGUGUGAUAUAUGCAGGAAAACGUGUUCAUCAUAUGGAAACUUGAAAAGACAUAUGUACAUUCACACCGAUGAUAAACCGUUUUCGUGUGCUAUAUGUCUGAAAGGUUUUAUACGUAGAGAUCACCUGAAAGAUCAUGUAAAUUCAGUUCACAAAGACCAAAAGCUCUAUUCUUGUGACAUUUGUAACAAAGCCUUUUCUUUAAAGCAGAAUUUGAAAGCACAUAUGAAUUAUCACUUACCAAUGCCGCGAUAUACCUGUUGUUUAUGUAAUAAAGACUUCAAAUAUAGAGGCGACUUAGGUAAACACAUGAAAAGAGUACAUAAUGAACCUGUUGAGGUCGGUAAAAACUUUCAAAUAUUGGGUCAGAAUGACAGGAUAAUACAGAAAUUAUCAAAACAUGGAUCAGAUGCAGAAAAUAGCAAACUACAACCAGAUAACCACAUCUCUGAAGAUGAUACCGAGAUAGAUGUCAGUGAACAAAACAAUUUAAGUUAUCAAAACGCUUACCGAACAAAGGGAAAUGUUGAUAAAUAUCGAGAUGAGAUGAAAGUGGUAGACACAAGUACAAACAUUAGUAGCAAUGACAUUCAAGGAGUGUAUAGACAUAAAGAUACCGAUAUUGAAAAUAAUAAUGCUAAUAGAUGUGAUAUAUGUCAACGAACAUUUUCUUCUCAUUGUCAUCUAAGGAGACAUAUGGUUUUGCACAGCAGUAAGCUGCCCUAUACAUGUACAAUGUGUAGUAAGGGCUUUGCAAGAAAAGAUGCACUGAGGUUACAUACGUCAAGUGUUCAUUUUGGAAAGAAAGCGUACGAAUGUGACACCUGCAAAAAGAGAUUUGUAACGAGUUGCAACUUAGAAGAGCAUAGACUUCGACAUUCAUCAGUCAGGAACUUUCCAUGUAGUACUUGUGGGAAAAGGUCCAAAACAAAGUCUGAUCUUGCAAAGCAUAUCAAGAGAAAACAUCCAGAGAAAACAACAGUGUGUAGUCAAUCAAUAUAUGGAAAGAAUAAUAUUGAGAGAGUGAGUGCAUCUCCGGUACAAAAACCGGAUACAGACCGUAGCCGUAUUCGUGUACAUAGCACCUGUAUUGAAGAGGUGAAAUCACCAGAAGAUAUUGAACUAGUGGACAACCCUAGAGGUCACAGUUCUACAGUUAUUUUACAUUCAGAUACCUGCCAACUAAAUGGAAGUGAUAAAACAGUGCAGUUGGUAGAUGUUUUGGAACAUGAGUUAAGCAAGAAUGAUACUAGUAAUGACGAUUUAAGUGAGUCUGAAGGCGGGCAUGGUACCAUACCACUUCCGGUUUCAGACAGGCAGGAACUUGAUUGCGCUGACAUAAUAAAUCAUGUUACGAAUGAAGAUCAGAACGUGUCUAUCAGAAACGAUGAGGAAGAAGAAAAAAAUUCAGAAAUGGAGGGCGAGGACAUGCAUACAUGUAAGAUAUGUGAUAAGGUUUUCACGUUGCAUGGCAAUUUGAAGCGGCAUUUACUCACUCAUUCUCGGAUCAAACCUUUUGUUUGUUCUGUUUGUGGUGAGGGAUUCACGAGGAAGGACGGUCUCAGGGUGCACAUCUACUCCGUACAUACUGGAUAUAGACCUUACAGCUGCAGCGUUUGCCAGAAAACAUUUACGACUAAACAACAUCUAAAAACACACGUGUUAUGCCACUCAGUGGAAAGAACAUUUCUUUGUGUACAUUGUAACAAAGGUUUUAAAACACAAAGUAACUUGUGUAAGCAUGUCAAACGAGUCCAUUCUGUCGAUAAGCAGAUGACUGGCGUUAUGGAUCAGGAGAGAAAGUAUGUUUGUUUGAAGUGUAACAAAAGGUAUACAAGCAGAAGUGACUUGAAGAAACACACGAAGAGAUGUCUUUCAAAUAAUGAUAGGUAUGUAUGUAUUGUCUGCAAGAAAGAUUAUAUAGAACUGAAAUCCUUUGAGCAACACGAAGAAAGGCAUAGAAUGGAUAUUAAUAAUGUAUACGAGUGUGUUGACUGCUUGGCAGAAUUUAUAGGCUACGAUGAAAUGAAAGACCAUGCAGUAAGCUGCAAUCAGAAAAGCAGUAACUCGUCUAACUGACAGUUUUGAUAUGAACAGUGGUAUGUAAACAUUUUGGUGGCAUUGACAAUUAAAAUUUUAGUUAUGUAAAAACUAGUUUGAUCAUGGAGAUUUUUCAUUGGAUAGUAUUAUAUGAAUAUAAAAGUUUAUGCAGGUAUAAAAAUCUUGAUUAUUGUGAACAUCUUUAUAUUUUGUUAUCAUAAAAAGGUUGUAGAGACAUUUAAAACUAACAUUGUAACCUGUAACAUUGCUGAUUAUGAUAAACAUUUGGUUGAUAGGGUUUAAAGGUUGUACUUGCAUAAAAAUAUUGAUUACACAGCAACGUCUGUUUAUGAUAAAUAUUAUCAUCCCCAAAAUAUUAUGAAAUGAUACAUUUAGAUUUAGAAUCAUUUCCCUAACCCCUCACCAAUAUGUAUCUAAACCACUUGUGUUGUAGAAAUCUUUAUGUGAGGAAGCUUUCCAAAUUUAGUCAUCACCCUUCAGUCAGCGUCGGUGUCUGCCACAAGCAGAUUUCUCUAAAGCUGCCGUACCAAAUGUUUUCAGUUUUCAAACAUGUCUUAGUCACCUUUUAGCAUAGAAAUUUUGUGAAAGUUUAACAAGUAGGCAUGUUUCUCAGAAAUUUCUUGACUUAAAAGUUUUCAAAUUCUACAUACAUUUUUAGCAUCAACAUAAGAUGACCACUCUUGGCAGGUUUAAUAAUUGACAAAAUCAUUUCCCUUUUCUCUUAUUAUCAUGUAGUGUUUUCGUUUUAUCUAGAUAUCAAGAUUACAUAAUCAAGAGUUUGAUUAUAAGGAAAAGUUUUGUGUAAAUAGUUUAAUAGAAAGGUUGCACCAUUAUUAAAAAUCUUGAUUUCUCAGUAAUAUGCCUGAUCUUGGUGAAAAUAUCUAUAUGGAAAGUUUUAUUAAAAUGGUGAAAGUAAAAUUGACUGUGUCAGAUUAUGAUGAACAUUUUUGCAUGGAUAUUGUUAUCAUUAUAUCUAAAUAUGAAGGCAGUAACAUUAAAAAUCUUGAUUACGCAGUAACUUGCCUAUUUAUGAUGGACAUUUUGUAUUUGAAAGUAUCAUCAAAAGACAAAUAUCCGAUUAAUACAUACAUAAUAUAUUAAUGUAUUUUCAGAGUUGAAAUCACAUUCAACACAUUAAUUACACAGUAACUAUUCUGGUUAUUGUGACGGCUUUAUACAGACUAUAUUAUCUAAUAAUAGAUCUCGCAGUGACAUGCAAAAGAUAUAAAACUUUUAUUUUAUGAUAAUAAUUUCAUUGUUUUACAAAGUUUUAUUUUAUAAUUAUAGUUUUUUUUUGCAAGUGAAUGCAUCAAAGAAGAAAGAAGUGUAAAACAAUGCCACAUAUUUUAAUUAUGUAGUUGUUUAUUGUAACACUAAUGAUCACACCUAAAUGUCAUGACUUUAAUUACAACUUGUUUUGUUUGUACAUAAACAUCAUUGUCUUUAUUGUUUUAUUUCAAAAUAGGACUUUGUACUAUCUUUCUCUGACAAAUAAAUAAUGAUAACUCUUGUUUUACCCACAUACCAUUUACACGCAAGUUAUGUCCCUUGAUGUAAAUUUUGGGUUUUAGUUUGCUAUUAUUUACACACACAUUUAGCGUUUUGAAUAUCACGUAGAACAGUUUGAAUUUUUUUCAGUUGAUUAUAACUGAAAAAUUUAUUCAUUGUUUCAAACCAGAAUUCUACCUGCAGAUUUGGUUUUUAGCUCACCUGUCACAUAGUGACAAAGUGAGCUUUCAUGAUCACCCUUCGUCCGUAGUCAGUCAGUGCGUCCGUGCAUCAACAGUUUCUUGUCUGCACGAUGUUGGUCUCAUUUAUGAUUUUAUUUUAACCAAACUUGCACACAACUUGUAUCACCAUAAGAUCUCGGUUCCUUUCUUGAAUUGGCCAGAUCCCAUUAUGGGUUCCAGAGUUAUGACCCCUGAAAUGGCCAAAAUUAUCAAUUUUGACCUUGUCUGCACAAUAGCAGCUUUAUUUAUGAUUUGAUUUUUACCAAACUGGCACACAACUUGUAUCACCAUAAGAUCUUGGUUCCUUUCUUUAACUGGCCAGAUUCCGUUAUGAGUUCCAGAGUUAUGGCCCCUGAAAGGGCAAAAAUGAGCUAUUUUGACCUUGUCUGCACAAUAGCAGCUUCAUUUAGGGACUUAUUUGAAAUUUCAUUAUUGUCAUUAGUUGAUCUGAGCCAAUCAGGGUAGAUAACUUUGGACUGAUUUUUUGUCAAAUUACCUCCCUUUAUUUAUCCCCCCGCCAAAGGCGAAGGGGAUAUUAGAAAUGCUGUCCGUCCGUGCGUGCGUCCGUCCGUGCGUCCGCAACGAUCUUUGUCCGGAGCAAAAAAAAAACUCCAAAAGUACUGGAGGGAUUUUCUUCAAACUUCAUACACUGAUAGAACACAUUAAGAGAAAGUGCAGUGUGCAAGAACAAUAACUCUACCUUGCCUAUUUUUGAGUUAUUCCCCUUUAUCAUAUUUUCUUAAAAAAUUUUGUCCGGAGCAUAACUCCAAAAGUACUGGAGGGAUUUUCUUCAAACUUCAUACACUGAUAGAACACAUUGGGAGGAAGUGCAGUGUGCAAGAACAAUAACUCUAC